AUGACCUCGUCUGCCGCGACGGAUCGUCUGGACGAUAUCAGCGACGUCUUGAAGGACUACCCCGACGUCUGGUUACACGUCGAUGCUGCAUGGGCAGGCGUAACUCUCCCGCGUCUCGAGUACCGCAACGCGUCGCGCUUGAAGGAUGGCAACAGAUACGCAGCGACCGAUCUUCACAAGUUAGGCGCAUAUAUGCUGCUUGCCGCGCUGUACUCCGCUUAUGCGCAGCGAUAG